AUUAAUAAUUAUUAAUGAACAAAAAUCUACUAAAGAGUUCUAUGCCUUUGUUUCAGGCAGAACACCAGGUUAUUGUCUAUUACUACCUAUGUACUAUGUUUGAGUCCUAUGACUCUUUGAAUCGUGGACUUUAUUCUGUCCACGGGCUUGCUGUCUAAAAGUGCAAAAUGCUAAUUGACAUGAACCAUGUCAUAAGGACAGGAAUUUGAGGAAGCGAACAAACACACAAAUGCUUUCUGAACAUGCCUUCUGGUGUAAUUUGGCUUGAAUGUAGACCAAGAACAACUUUGUAAGACCUGCCUUUAGGCUGAUUUAGGGCAGACAAUGGAAAUCUUUACUAAUUCAUUGAGGCUCUCAGGGUCCAUGUCUGUUUGCCACAUGUAUUUGGACAUCUAAGAUGCAUUGUUUUAAUUAAGCAAAAAAGCUUAACAUAUUUUCAGACACUAUCAUUUUUAAUGUAUAUGUAUGUGUGUGUUAUAAAAGCAAACGGAAGUCUAAGAAAAGUGUUUUUGUAGAAAUACCUCUUUUAUCUUGAAGUGGCAAUCUUAAGGGAGCCCUUUGAAGCAGGUUGCAUUAUUUUUCCUGCCUUCGAGACAGCCGCAUCUAGUCCAGUCAGUACCAGAGAACACAAAAAAAGCCUAUUAAUCACAUUGUAUUUUGGCACGUUGGGGUCCAAAUGUGGAUGUUUUUUUAUUAUUACAACUUUUUCAAAAUCGUUUAUUCUCAAGUUAUAAUGUAUUAUUGAGCUGAACUAAUAAGCUUUGCUCACUCAAUGCGAUUCAUGUUUCAGUAUAAUCAAUUGUACAGGGGAAUCCAUAGAGUUUUCAUCCUCACAAUAAAAGUAUUUUUAAAUUUUUCAAAACAUUAAGACAUUCUGUGUAUUUCCAUGUCUAAAGUAGGUUUUCAAAGUGCAGUUUUGGACUAGUAUAUGAAGUGUUUUUUUUUAGUUAGCAAAUCAGUUACCUAAUUCACUCAUGCUUUCCAUAUUAUUUCCAUCUGCACACCCUCUUGUGUCACUGAAAGAGAAUAUAUAACACUCCAAUCAAAGUGUUUAAACAUCUGUCAGACUUUUACGCUCAAUUAAACUGUACUUUCUAUUAAGUAUGUGAUUUUCUUGAUAUUCAAAGCGAAUUCUUUAUAUUUCUGCUUAGCUGAUAGGCAAUGUAGAUGAAUCGUCUGCCACAGUAGGGUCUAAACAAGCCUCUGCGUCCUCAUUAUUGCACUCUUUGAUGUGGGUCGGUUUAGUGAUGAACGAAGACUCACAUGCUAUUCUCCCUCAGCUCAUGACAUUGAUAAAAGUUCUUUGAAUUAAAAAAAAUACAGAUAAAUGGGUGGCUUGAAAUCUAAAAAUGUAUACAUUGUGUCUGUUAUCUUCAAACAUAUCUUUCUGUAUUUCUUUCUUAAAUAAUCUGUUCACUUUUCCUUUUUUUGCAGGCCAUACAAUCUGAGCCUCUGUCAUUAUGCUGGCUCUCUGGUCUAUAUCAUUUGUACUAUUGUGCUCUUGGAGGCUAAGCUACGCACAGUAUGAGCACUUGGGUUUUGCUAUAGCCUACCAGGAGCCUGAACAAGACCUUUACACUCCUCCAGAGCUUCCUGCAGAUACUCCCAGGAUACAGUUACGUCUGGCAGGAGAGAAGCGCAAGCACAAUGAAGGGCGCGUUGAGGUCUUCUAUGAAGGGGAGUGGGGGACUGUAUGUGAUGAUGAUUUCACCAUUCAUGCAGCCCAAGUCAUAUGCAGAGAGCUGGGCUAUUUUGAAGCAAUAUCCUGGUCUCCAUCAUCUAAAUAUGGCAAGGGAGAAGGUCGUAUCUGGUUCGAUAACGUCCACUGUAAGGGAAAGGAGAAGAGCUUGGCUCAGUGCGAGUCUAAUGGCAUUGGUGUGUCUGAUUGCAAACAUUCUGAGGAUGUCGGGGUCGUUUGCAGUGACAAGAGAAUCCCAGGAUUCAAGUUUGUCAACACCCUUACCAACAACAUCAAUAGUCUGAACAUUCAGGUGGAGGAUGUUCGUAUCCGCCCUAUCCUGGCAUCAUAUCGGAAGCGCAUCCCAGUGACAGAAGGCUACGUGGAGGUGAAGGAUGGAGGAAAGUGGAAGCAGAUCUGUGAUGAUGAGUGGACUCAGAUGAACAGCAGGGUCAUCUGUGGCAUGUUUGGCUUUCCGGGACAGAAAAGAUACAAUACCCGGGUGUACAAGAUGUUUGCCCGCAGGAGAAAGCCAUCAUACUGGGAUUAUACCAUAAACUGUACUGGAAAGGAAGCUCAUUUGUCUAGCUGUACGCUGGGCCACACGCUCAGCAACAGCACAUGUGAGGAGGGCACACCGGUGGUAGUCAGCUGCAUCCCUGGCAGAGCAUUUGCCCCGACUCCCAUGACGGGAUACAAGAAAGCCUUCAGACAGGAGCAACCCCUGGUGCGUCUCAGAGGUGGUGCUGUUGUUGGAGAGGGGCGCGUGGAGGUCUUGAAGAAUGGAGAAUGGGGCACAAUCUGUGAUGACAACUGGAAUCUGCUAGCAGCUACUGUCGUGUGUCGUGAGCUUGGAUUCGGAAGUGCCAAGGAGGCUCUUUCUGGAGGUCAGCUUGGACAAGGAAUGGGCCCUGUACAUAUGAAUGAAGUUCAGUGUUCUGGCUUCGAGAAGUCUGUCACUGAGUGCUCCUUCAAUAUGGAAAAAGACUCUGAAGGCUGCAGUCAUGAAGAAGACGCAGGUGUUAAGUGCAAUGUUCCUGCUAUGGGCUUCCAGCAAAGGCUACGGUUGAGCGGAGGUCGUAACCCCUUUGAAGGUCGUGUUGAGGUUCUUGUGGAGCGCAAUGGUUCUCUUGUUUGGGGGACUGUCUGCGGUGAGGGGUGGACAACAAUGGAGGCCAUGGUGGUCUGCCGACAGCUUGGACUGGGAUUCGCUAGCAAUGCUUUCCAGGAGACGUGGUACUGGCCUGGUGCAGUGAAUGCAGAUGCAGUGGUUAUGAGUGGAGUGAGGUGUGCAGGAACAGAGAUGUCUCUCUCCCACUGUCUGCAUCACGGAGAAUAUCUCAGCUGUCCUAAAGGUGGAGGACGAUUCGCUGCUGGAGUUUCCUGCUCAGAGACUGCUCCAGAUCUGGUGCUCAACCCGCAGGUGGUGGAACAGACCACAUAUUUGGAGGACCGUCCUAUGUUCAUGUUACAGUGUGCUUAUGAGGAGAACUGCCUGGCCAGCACCUCCAGUGCCACUCCUGCCAACUCCCCUCGCCGGCUCCUCCGUUUCUCCUCCCAGAUCCACAACAACGGACAAUCUGACUUCAGGCCCAAAAUCUCCAGAGAGAACUGGGUUUGGCAUGACUGUCACAGGCACUAUCAUAGCAUGGAAGUGUUCACCCAUUAUGAUCUACUCAGCACCAAUGGCACUAAGGUUGCAGAAGGACACAAAGCAAGCUUCUGUCUGGAGGACUCAGAGUGUGAUGAAGGAAUUGAAAAGAGGUACGAGUGUGCGAACUUUGGUGAGCAGGGCAUCACAGUGGGCUGCUGGGAUACAUACAGACAUGACAUUGAUUGCCAGUGGGUGGACAUUACAGAUGUUAAACCGGGAGACUACAUAUUCCAGAUCGUAAUUAACCCCAAUUAUGAAGUUGCUGAGUCGGAUUACACCAAUAACAUUGUGAAGUGCAGAUGCCGGUAUGAUGGUCACCGUAUAUGGAUGUAUAAUUGCCAUAUAGGAGGCUCCUUUAGUGCAGAGACAGAAGACACUUUCCCUGGCCUGAUCAACAACCAGGUGACCCACAGGUAAAGGUUCAGAUGAACAUCCAGAAACCCCAACCAACCAAUGAGAUUAUCAAGAGCCCUGAACCACUACACCUCUCUAGAGGACCUUUCCACUUCUCAGCCUUAUCUCCAUCGUACUGUAAGACAGAACAGAACAUCCCCAUUUCAAACGCAUUCCAGUUUCGAGACAGGAACUGACUCUUGUCUGAGAUUAACAGACUGAAAAGCUGUUGUUUUCCCUCUCACCCCUGAGGCAGUAACAAAUCUGAAAGCUCAGUCUUUCUGUUUUUGCUGCCGAUGUUGAAAAUGGAACUGUGGAUAACUCUCAAGUGAGAUCAUUUCUUACAUGAAAGGAACUCUGGUGCACUUUUAUAUACAUGUGUGUAUUUUUGAACUUGACAGGACUUGUGGUUUAGGUCUUUUUGUAAGCGUUUCAACAAGGUAAGAGGACUUUCCUCAGGUGGGUCAUACAUCUACAGAAAAAUAAAGGCCUGAAGAGACCAUUUCAUUUCCCUUUUUAGUCUCUUAUGUGUUUUAACUUUAUACUUGGGCUUUUUGAAUCCAAGCUGACGACUUCUGCUUAUAGAUAAUAUUUGAAGUGCCUCAUGGGUUUGCAGUACAAACUGCUGAUACAUUAAGAUACGAUGAGCCCUGGAAUAUUUCAUCUUUAUUUUUUAAAAGGAGUUUGUUCUUACAUUAUGUAUUGUAAUACAGGAAUACUUUGAGAAGCCUUACAUCUACAGGUUCAGAUCAGAGGUUCAUAAACACUGGCAUCCCAGGAGCAGGUUACUUUUAUUACAGUUUCCCCUGUUUCAUUAUUUGAAAUUGACUGGUGGUCAGUUGCUGUGGACAGUCAUUAUGAAUUAUUUAUGCCGUCCAUUCUGUACGUCUUAUGAAGCUGACUGAAAACAUCACAAGCAAGCAUUUAAAGCAAUUUAUCACACCAGUAUUAAAUAACUUAUUUAAAAACAGGGAUUUCUAAUGCUAUUUUUUUCAAUGUGGAAUGUUUUUGAUUUGUUGUCUGUCAAUGGUGCUAACGUAGUGUUAUCCUCUGUUUUUUGAGGGACUGUAUCAGCUAAUUUUAUAUAAAGCUUACUUGAAUGGAUGUAAAAAUCAUGGAUGUAUGCAAUGUAGCAUAAUAAACAUGCAUUAUUUGGCAAAAGAAGAACAA